GCUUAGCAACAAGGAAAGCUUCAAAAUGGCGGCACUGAGCAUGGGUGACUUCGGCACCUAUAAACUGGCGUUUAGCCGUCAUAUGCAACGCCAGUUGGAACUAGAGGAAGCAGCAAAGCAAGAAGAGGUUGUUUGGAUUAACCAGAGAUAUACACCAAGAGAUGAACGCAGCACUGCCCCCGUGCCACGUUACAAACACAUGGUUGGCCCCCUUCCACAUCCACCUUCACACUGGGUACCUAUCGGGGAGGCACCUCUUACGUCUUUCUCAAGGGACGAUGGCAGAGUAUUUGUAUCCCAGCCAAGUACCAGAUGUGAACAGUGGUCCACAUUAAGACAAAUGAUACCGUCAUCCGGGAGUGCCAUGCGAAUAACACCUCCUAAUUGGGGGACUGGUUUAGCACCUCCUCCAUCUAUGUCACAGAGAAAGCAGCGAAGAUUUCCUAUUGUCAAUAGUCCACAGACGAGGUAUGUGGAUGACAUGCAUACAACUCACAAACUCUUCAGGCUUUACUAAAAGAACAUCACUUAGGUGGCACCUAGACAAUCAAGCAGCCCAAACAGGAUGUUAGAUUUUCAUUCAAAAACUUUCAUACAAAACGAGAAGCUUAAAAUAACAUCUAAUCCAUAAACUAGUUACAUGUACCAAUUACUGUACCUAUCAUAUUAUGUGGAAGCAUCUUAUGUUAUUUGAUUAAAAAUCUUAACUUGUCUUAUUUAUUCUUUGAUACCAUGGCACUCCCUGUGUUUAGUGCAUAUUUAGACAAUAUUGUGGCUUCCACUUACUGUCUGUGUUGCUGAUUAUUGCUCAAUUGCUCAAAUCAGAAUUAUGUAUUUAUGAAAUUAUAAAGCAGUAUAAGAUGUUUUAUAUUUUGAAUUGAUUAUAUUGUAAAGUUUUGAAAUUUCAUCUUGAUUUUAUAUUCAUCUUGAUUUUAAAAUAAGUUUCCAUACACUGGGAAAUUUAAAUUAAGUAUAAUAUUUGAGGCAGUGUAUGUAAACAAUCAUUUUACUUCUUUGCUCUAUAUAUCAAGAAAGAAAGUCAAUUAUAAGUGGCAAAAUAUCUGUUUGACAUUUUUUCUGUGAUGUGUUCAUUACAUGCAUUGAACUUGAAGAUAAUGCUUCUUGCAUUAUUUGCAUAAUAAAGUAACUUGUCAUAUAUAUAUA